AGGUCUAUUGUCUUAAAAGAUAUGAAUAAAGCCAGGCUAAAGAAAGAAUUGCAGAUGCUUACAAAGGAUCCACCUCAUGGAGUAGCCUGCUGGCCAAAGGAUGAUCAACUCAAUGAAUGGGAAGCAACUUUAGUAGGCGGAGCUGACACACCCUAUAAAGGGGGCAUGUUUAAGCUUAAGAUAGAAUUACCAGAAAGAUAUCCGUUUGAGCCUCCUCACAUCUUAUUCCAAACAAAAAUAUAUCAUCCAAACAUUGAUGACAUGGGACGCAUUUGUCUUGAUAUUCUUAAAAUGCCACCACAAGGCUCGUGGAAACCAGCUCAGAAUAUGUCAUCAGUGUUAGCAUCAAUACAGUUACUAUUAUCAGAACCUAAUCCUGACGAUGGGCUAAUGGCCAGUAUUUCUAAAGAGUACAAGUUUGAUAGAUUAAAGUUUUUAGAGACGGCUCGGCAGUGGGUACUGAAAUAUGCUACUGAAGAUGUCGUCGAGAGGGAUAAAGGAAAAGGUGGAAAGAAGCGCAAAGCUGAAGAGGACGAUAAUGAAACUUCAGCAAGUAAAACUGCUAAAUUUGAUGAUGUAUGAUUACACUAUUCAAUAAUAACUUUUUUGUAUUUUAUCACUUAAGUAAUCAAUCACUGAUUCAUUUAGCAUAUUGAUGAUAUUGGAUUAUUAUUUGGAUACUUGA